AUGCAUUCGCCUGCUGCGGCGGAUUUGGCGCCGGCUGAGUGCCCACACCAGGCGGCGGAUAGGUGCCGGUGGGUGGAGCGGGAGCUGCACCGGGAGGUGGGUAGUAGCCAUGGGGGUACCCAGGUGGUGGGUACGUCGGCGGGUAGUGGGGGUACCCGGGCGGCGGAUAUGGGUAAUGUGGAUACCCUGGUGGCGGGUAUUGGCUUGGCGCAGCAGGCGGGUACUGCUCGUACCUGCCGUCUGGUGGGUAUCCUGGGUACCCGGGCGGCGCCUGGGGCAUACCUGGCGCCUGUGCCGGUGGGGCAUGUGGGUGCGGCGGUGGCGCAUGGUGCGGGGGAGGUCCGUGUGGCGGUGCAUGGGGGUGCCCAGGCGGAGGGCCGUGCGGUGGCGCAUGUGGGUGCCCUGGUGGCGGCUGAUGCCCCGGCGGAGGCGGGACAUGAUGCGGAUGCCCAUGGGGCGGUGGCAUGUGCGGGGGCGCAUGUGGGUGCCCCGGCAUGCUGGGCGGCCCAUGGGGCGGAGGGAUGCCUGGAGGCCAGCCAUGCGGGGGCGGGUAGCCGUGCGGAGGCGGCGGCACCCCUGCGGUGCUCAUGA